UUAUUGAAUUGAUUCCAAAAUUCCAACUUAAUGGCGAUGGGCCGAAGGGGAAUAUCUAAGCAACCUGUCCUUUUGAUUGGCGUUUGUGUCUUUGGGGCCUGUCUCCUACUGUUUCUCUUCAUGAGAGGUAGGCCAGCUAAACCCGCCCCAGAGACUGAGCGCUCACCCUCUACUGCUACUGGUCUGGAUCACCUCAAUACUGUAGCCACGACUGCCAAAAAUGAUGACAAUGAGCUCAAGUCACAGAUCAAGGAAGCGAUCAAUGAGGCUAACCACAAUAUUGAACGAAGAUUGACCAACCUUGAGCAAACUGCCAGUAUAUAUAAAACGAAAGGAACAUACACUCCCCCAGUAUCACAGAACACAUACCCAAAAGUGAAGAACUUAAACGAGGACCAGCGAAAGAGGAUUCUAGUGACAGGAGGUGCUGGGUUUGUUGGGUCUCAUUUAGUGGAUCAGUUAAUGUUGCAAGGACACGAGGUCACUGUAGCUGAUAACUACUUCACUGGGAGGAGAAGGAACGUACAGCACUGGAUUGGCCAUCCUAAUUUUGAACUGCUGCAUCAUGAUGUUGUUGAACCACUAAUGAUAGAAGUUGAUCAGAUAUACCAUUUGGCGUCCCCAGCCUCUCCAGUGAAGUAUAUGUAUAAUCCAGUGAAGACCAUUAAGAGCAACACCAUUGGAACCAUUAAUGUACUAGGUUUGGCUAAGAGAGUAAAGGCUAGAGUCCUCUUUGCAUCAACAUCAGAAAUAUAUGGAGACCCUGAAGAGCAUCCCCAGAAGGAGACCUAUUGGGGUCAUGUUAAUACGAUUGGUCCCAGAGCUUGUUACGAUGAGAGCAAGAGAGUAGCAGAGACCCUCAUGUAUGCCUACUCUAAGAGAGACCAUAUUGAUGUACGAGUGGCCAGGAUAUUCAAUACCUAUGGCCCCAGGAUGCACAUGUAUGAUGGUCGUGUGGUUAGUAAUUUCAUUGUCCAAACAUUAAAUGGUCAUCCACUAACAGUCUAUGCUCCAGGGAAUCAAACACGAUCGUUCAUGUAUGUGAGUGACCUCGUUAGUGGACUAAUGAAACUGAUGAACAGUAAUUAUUCAUUGCCCUGUAACCUGGGUAAUCCAGAGGAGCACACUAUACUGGAGUUUGCUCAACUGGUUCAAGAUAUAACUGGAGUUAAAGGGAAAGUGUCAAUGAAGAAGAGUCAACAGGAUGAUCCACACAAGAGGAAACCUGAUAUCACUGUUGCUAAGACACAGCUGGGAUGGGAACCAAAAGUCUCACUAAGAGAUGGUAUUCUAAAGACCACUGCAUACUUCAGGAAAGAGCUUGGACUAGUGAACAAUGAACAAGAACAAUAGCACACACACACAAACUGCAUUCAUUGAUUAUUAAUGCAACCUUUAUUUGUGAUACUUUUAAAUUUAAACA